AUGGCAUCGCUGCGGGAUAUGAGCAUUCAUGGGAGUAAUGCUGGGAGUCUUCAGUGUCAAAACAAUGACAUCGGGAACAUGAAUGAUGUCAAUGUUGACCAAAUGGAUAGUGCCGAAGCUAUAAGGUUACCACCAACUGUGGGCAAUGCAAUAUUCCAUGUGACCUUGUCGAUAAAGCAACUUGGAGUUCAAUUGGGCCAAAUCUCAGCCUACUUGAAUCUGAGGCAUAAAGGUGGUCUCCGUAGUGAUACAAUGGUGAAUCCUAAGAAUGACAAUGCAAAAUAUGUGUCUAUAUUGACUAGGAGUGGAAGCAAGGAUAAGGCCUUUACAUUUGAAAGUGAUGAAUUAGUCGAAGAGCUAAACAAUGAAGCAUCUGAUGAAGUCAAUAACACACCGAUGAUUGUUGAUUCUGGUGUAGCUCAAGGGUCUAAUAUGGGAAUAAUUCCAUUGGUGGUUCCUACAAAACCACUUCCUAAGGUAAAACUUCUAUUCCCUCAACAAUUAAAAAAGAAGGAUGAAGACGUCAAAUUUCAAAAGUUUCUCUCCGUCUUCAAGACACUUUCUAUUAAUCUUUUGUUGGUUGACAUGUUGUUGGAAAUUCCUGGGUAUUCUAAAUUCAUGAAAGAAUUGGUGAAGAAAAAGUGUAGCAUAGAUUUUGACACUAUUGAGGUGUCUCAUAGUUGCAUCGCCAACAUGUCAAGUAAUGUUGUGGUAAAGAAGGAUGAUCCUAGGGCAUUUACUAUUCUGUGUACCAUUGGGUUGUAUCAAUUUGUCAAAGCACUUUGUGAUUUGGGUGCUGGUAUAAACUUGAUGCCAUAUGCCAUAUACAAGCAACUCAGGUUGGGUGAGCCCAAGCUAACCAUAAUGCAACUCCUUAUGGCGGACUGUUCUAUAAAGAGUCCCAUCGGCAUCCUCUAUAACGUUUUGGGGAAAGUUGAUAAGUUAAUAUUUUCCAGCCAAUUUUGUGAUCCUUGA